GAUAGUCUGGGUCAGUCACCCCAGCCAACACUGUAACUCCCUUCUUAGCUAGUUGACUUAAAGGUAAGAAGAACCCAAAGUGGACAGGUGGCAAUCUUAACUUCCAGUUUAAUGGAAUCAUUGUUGUGUCUCUUGGUGGCAGCGUUCCUCCCUCUGGAACUAAGACCUCUAGGCCAGCAGAACAUAAUGCCGCGGAAACAACUGCUAUUUUGGAAACAUCUAAAUGCAUGGGUCUGUACUAGGCAUUGCGGUCCUGGGAUGUAGAGAGGAAUUUCCCAGAAGGCCUGUCUCAGGAAGUUUACAGCCCAAUAGAAAAUUUCAUAUAAUGUAGGUGUCUCCAUUCAUGAAGCACACAUAAUUUGGAGGUAGCUGUUAAGAGGUUUCUGCAUGCAAAAUGUCAUAUUGGGUCUAUGACUCCUUCAGGAGUAUUAAACUGAGGCUUUAAGGCUUGGUACAAGUUUUGGGGCACGGUUUGCCAUCCAUGACAAUUAGUACAUCUGUCUUUUCCCUGCUUCAGGGCUGGUGUCCAAGCUGAAAUGGGAAAGUGUAUCAUCUUAAAUGUGUGUGUGCUGCCUCACUCUGCAUCCAUAUCUUCCUUCACCAGCCUUGCCACCUCCUUUCCUCCAGCCCUGCCACCCUCACUGCAUCUUUGCCCAGCCCUGUCUUCCCCCAGGUUCUUCCUAUCUCCUUGGCCACACUGCCUUCCUCCUUAACAACUUGCCUCUCCCCUUGCCCACCAUCGCCACCGCGUCCCUCGGCCCCCACUCCUCUAGCCCCGUCCUUUGAUGCCUGCCCCCUCCCUUCCUUCCGACCCGCCUCCUGUGUCUCCCAGCCCUGCUCUGACGUGGGAGGUGAGGGGGGGUGGGGGGAUGGAUGACUCACAGUGUUAUGAUGCAGUUCCACAACACACAGCCACAUUCACCCACAGACCGAGGUACAGAACGAGACAACCUCUGCCCCCCCAGCAGCUGGCCAGCUUUGCAGCCCCAGUCUUGAGUCCCCAACUACCCUCCCCCCACCCACCCCCAUCCCCUUCCCAGUUGAAGGAGCGGAAAGAGAAGAGAGAAGAGUGAGCAGAGAGAUUGAGAGAUUGAGAGAGAGAGAGAGAGAGAUAGACGGAGAUCUCUGGAGCAGACCUCAAGGUGAGGGGGCAGCCCUUCUCCAAAUGAAUUUUUUUUCUCUUUGCAAAUUUCCUCCUCCUGCUGCGUGUUGCUUUCUCCCCUUUGCAAAAGCAUUAUUCAUCCACCCUUUGUCCUCCCUUCCCCCUCCCUGCUGCCUCCGCUCCUCUCUCUCGGUUCUUCCAUCCCUCUCCAAGCUCUGACGAUUCCAGCACUUAUUUCCCGGCAACUUUGGCUGUAGCAUCAGGCAUUACUGUUUAUUGUUUUGCUGCUGGUGCAGACCCCCAAAGCCUGCCCUGGGAGCUGGCAGUGCUGCUAAUUAUUUGGACCAUACCAUACUGAGAAUACCAGCCCGGGGGGUGCCAAAACCUCAGAGCAGAUGAGAAAAUCCAUUGUGAGCAGGUGUCCCCCUCCCUUUCUUUCCCCCCUAAGAAGCACGAGAUUCGCACCUGGUUCCUCCAGCCUCUGCCUCGGCGCCUCUGUUGUCAGCUGUCAGUUGCCCCCGCCAGCCCUCCCUCUCCCCUUCCUCCCACGGUCCAGCCCCAUCUCACUUCAGGGGAACAUCUCUCCCCAGCACUCGGCUUGCCUUUGUUUUUUCUCCAGUCAUUUGCCCAACUUGCUUCUCCCUGUGAUCCGAGAUGGGUGAAAAAAUGACCCCUACUCCCCUUUCUGUGAUUCUCUGGCCUUCCUUGCAGCCUCUCCUUGGCUUGACUGGGAAUUAGGGGAGAGGGAGGGAGGCGUGACGGCCGGAGGCUGGAGAAGGAGCCCAAGAUUGGGGACCCAAGCUGCCCCGUUCCCCAUGCCCCUUAAAGGUGUUUCAAGGUAGUGCAUGUCAGAGGGGAACUCGCAGGCAAAGUUGAAGGCAGACCUGUGAAGCAGAGACUGAAAGGUGGUCUCUUGGCAAGGAGGGCCCGUUUCCUGCAGCCGGAGCCCAAUGUCACCCUGAACUCAGCCCAAGGUGUUUUCCUGGGGCCCAGCCAGGAGGAGAGGACCUGAAACUGAAGAUAGUCUCUAUGGAGGUUUUGUGGAGAGACUGCCUGGCGGCCUUCAGAGAGUGGAACAGCUGGGUGCUUGUGGCCACUGCGGAGGACAGGACGAGGACAGUCUGUAUGCCCUGGCUAACCGCAGCCAACACUGCCUCGCCUCUGCUUAGUGCUCUAGCAUUGCCAGAGUGCCCAGCUGGCAUCUCUGAACCAGACUUAGGCUAACCACCCACAGCGGGCUGGGAGCUCUAUGAAGCAGAAAGCAGCAGUUCACCUGCUUAUCGGAGCCCACAGGGGCCACCUCCCUUCUUAUCCUCUCCUCCAGCACCUUCAGCCACUCGGAAGCUGGCGCGUGGGCAGAAGGCAAUCUUCCUCUAUUCCUAAUCAGAACCCAGCAAUUACUUCAUCUUCAGUCACCCACAGUCACUGCUGUUUGUCCCUGCCCCCUGGGAGAAGGUAGAAACAUUUUCUGCCUUGUGCCCCAAAGCACAGCUGUUAAAAAUAAGAGUCCUCCUUCUGCUGUUCGUUGUGGCCGUUGCUCUCACCCUACCACACAGCCCUGCCCAGCCCAGGAAUCAGGCUCCUCUGACACGCUACCCAUUUCCCAUUGGCUCCAGCUGUCAGAUUGCCUGAAGAAAAUGUAUUUUCUGCCUAAGUCUUUAACCAAGGGCUAAGGCAACAGUUAGUAAAGAAUAGGAAAGAGAAAGACCAAGGGGUCCAGAGGCUGGGAAGACAGGCAGGUGCUUAUCCUGGGCCAGAAUGAGUGAACCAAGGUGCGGGAAUGGGCGGCCACAUGUGAGGGCUUUGGUACUGCUGGAAACAACUAUAAAGUUCUAGUGAAGAGUCCCAGAGCGCAGGACCCUGACCUCAGGAGAGAACUGAAUCAGGGUUUGUAUACCUGCCUGCAUGCUCCUCCUCCCCUCACCUUACACCUCCCCCGCCAAAAAUGUAUAAAGGAUCAAUUGUAUUGCAAACAAAGGCCAUGUAAAAGAAAGACCUUCAGGCAUCCCCAACUCUUAAAAGACUCUGAUCCCCGGAGACACAGUGCCUACCAAUGCCUGUGCGAUGCAGAGCCUCACGAAGAACUGAAAACCAAGGAGAGGGCACUUGCAGAUGACGUUGCUCCCAUGGCAGCGUCUGUGCCCGUGGGCUUCUCUCUGUGGAAAAUGGUGGAGGCUGCUUCUGCCCCAGGAGGGAGAAACACAGAAGCCUGGAUCGGCUGCCAGGUUUGCCAGAGCAGGAUGGGGAUCCAGGGGACAGGGCAACAAUGCAACUGGAUGCCGAGGGGGGAUCGAUGGUGAUGGGGGAAGUAGAGGUAUGGGUGAGCUGAGCCCCUUUUCCUCCAUUCCCUCAGGAGGGGCCCUCCUGAGGUCAUGGCUCCCCUGAUGUCCUUUCCCCUCUUCCCAGGUGACUUCUAUUUCUAUCUGGUUCUCGUCUGGGGGGGCCCUCGCCGGGCAGCCCCCCAACACUUCUCCUGCCCUGAAACACGGCUCUAGCCAACCUGCUCCGCUGCUUCACCUGCGACCGUCUCUGCGGGGGCUGCACGGCGCCAGCCCCUCCAGCCCGCCAGGGCAUUGUCCUCCAGCCCGUCAUGCCCAGCUGUGACCCCGGUCCAGGCCCUGCCUGCCUCCCCACCAAGACUUUCCGCAGCUACCUGCCCCGCUGCCACCGCACUUACAGCUGUGUCCACUGCCGUGCACACCUGGCCAAACACGAUGAGCUUAUUUCCAAGUCCUUCCAAGGGAGCCAUGGCCGAGCCUACCUGUUUAACUCCGUGGUCAACGUGGGUUGCGGGCCAGCUGAACAGCGCCUCUUGCUCACGGGGCUCCACUCGGUAGCUGAUAUUUUCUGUGAGAGCUGCAAAACCACACUGGGCUGGAAAUAUGAACAAGCUUUUGAGACGAGCCAGAAGUACAAGGAAGGGAAAUAUAUCAUUGAAAUGUCACACAUGGUGAAGGACAACGGCUGGGACUGAGGGGCUCAGGCAGGCUGUGCCCUUCCUCCGCAUGCCCCUCCCUCCCCACGGCCCUGCCAAGCAGUCUAUACCAGCAUGAGUACUGCCCCACCCCUGGGGGAAACCUGGCUCCAACCAACCCCUCCCCUGCCUCCACCAUAUCCACUACCAGGCACCCUUUGGAACAGGGGUCUGGGUGUACCCCAGGGGUGUUAAGGCUCAGGAGUGGGCAGCAGUCAGGGAGAGACAGAACUGGGGGAAAGGGUUGGUUGUGGGUCCUUCUGUUCCCAAGUUCCUGAAAGUUGAGGCAAUGGCAGGGCGUAGACUCAGGCAGAGAGGAUUGUGGGAGGAAUCCGUUUUUGCUCCACCUCUUUUUGAGUGAACAGAGGACGAACCUUGGGUCACGGGGCUAGUAGAUCGUGGACCACAGAACAGCAAAUGAGAAAAAGCUUGGGUUGGAGUGAAAUUUUGGUCUCAGGCAGCAGAACAGACCAGAGUCUCUGAGGAUGAAGUUUCCCACCCCUAUUUGUAGGGAAAACGACUCACGUGCAGGGAAAACUCAAAUCCCAGGCCCUGGGAAAUAGUAAAAGAAUCAAAGGGGUUUCCAUUUCACUCCACUUGUCAGUUUAUCUUGGCACUAAAGAGGCACUUUCGAAUAUCUAACUUUUGCCGUUGGAUGGGGUAGGGACAGCUGCACGCGGAACAGCCCCCACCCCCAGUCGGCUGCUUCCAGAACAAGCAGUCUUUAUGGGCUUUCUCUGAGGCCCAGUCACUGCUCCUGGGACCCAGUCCCCUGGAGGGGAGGUGGAAAAUCAGUGCUACGGGUCCAGUCUUUCCCGUGGCUGCCACCAGCGAAUGAAACUUUUGUAUGAUACAUAAAGUGCUUGGGUCUAUUUUUAAUAAAAAGGGAAAAAGCAACUUGA